AUGAAAGCUCUCUUUUCUAAGGCCAACAAGGACAAGAAAAACGGAGGCACAGACUCUCCCUCAACGCCUCCCAAGAAUCCAACCACUGCAAAUAAUAAUGGGAGUAACAGUCCAUCAUCAUCACCUGCAACACAAAUACCAGGAGCAUUCAACACAUCAGGAGUAAACUCGGGAACAUCCUCACCAAGUUCAAGUCCUUCAAAGAGCCAAUUUUGUUUUCCCAAUGACUCGUCGUCCCCACAGAAAACUCACUCACCACUCAUGAAGAAACUCUCCCAAGCAAUGAUGGUGAGUACCACCUCUAAAAGAAAGGAUUCAUUUUCAAAACAAGGAAUGAGCCCUUCUGCAUUAUCCACAAAAGACGUUUUUCAUUUGGAUUUUGCUGAAGAUAAUGCACACUCUCCUCAUUCCCCAAAGACCCCGAAUACCUUCAAUCAAAGACACAUCAAUAUGGACCCUUCAACAACAACUCCAAAGGACUCUAUAUUCAACAAGUAUGAUUAUGAUGAGAAUGGAAAUAUCAUGGAUCCAAUGAGUUGUCUCAUGGACAAGGAUGAUGUAUUCAUUUUAAGCGGAAAGUUUGGAAGAAUUAAGAGUGCACCUACAACUCCUUCCACAACCGAUCAAUCAUCAUCAUCAGAACAGAACCUUAAUGAAAUCAUUGAGGAAUGUAUUUUAAUCAUUGGAAAAUUGAACAUUUAUCGCAUUGAAAAAGACCCUUCAUAUCAUGUGGAGCUUUCGGAUUUCGAAAAAGAGGUUGAGCAAGAAAUUUUGAACAAUACGAGCAAUUUGAUGAAGCAGGCAAAAGAAGAGGAGAGGAAACGUUUGGGACUUUCUACAGAUCAACCACUUCCUGUCGAGCUUGCAAACGAUCCCAUACUUGGAAACAACAGAAACACAAACCUCUUAUUGCAAACCGAUAUAACUGAACCGGUGGAAGAUGUAAAUUACAGAUCAAGAUGGAUUGUGAAAUGGAAGGUCCCAUGGUGUAUGAUCAAUUCGGUAAUUUCAGGAGAGCGUGACAGGGUGUUCACCAUCUCAUUCCACAAAAGUGCAAGUCUUACAGGAUUUAAGCUAAAAGAUUUCCAAUGUUGUACAAAAGCGGAUAAGGAAAUUUGGGUCAACGUGCUUACUUCAUUAUUGAAGGAGUACAAUCAGGAAUAUUUUGAAACAUUAAUAAUUCCAUCACCAGAAAUUUAUCAAAGCCAUCUCUACAUGCAAAAAAACGAUGUUCAAAAGCGAGCAGUGAUCCUCUCCAAUAAGAAGUUGUACAACGUCAAGAUGGCAAUUGGUGAAACUGAUGAAAAGAAAAUUAAGCAUAGAUUUGCAGUUCCUUUGGAAUAUAUUAAGGGUGUGAAAUCAUUCACAAAGACACCAAAUGGAAUUGAAAUUUUGAUUGACCGAAAGAAGGCCUCCAAAGACAAAAAUUGCAAAGGGUCCCUUUCCGAUCAAUAUUCAUUCACUACCGACACUGAGGCUACCAAGAUCCAAUUCGUGACAGAGCUAGCUCAAGUCUAUUUCUUCCUUACGAAUCAUGAACUUGCUUAUGAAAUGACAGAGGGAGUAAUGCCCACAAAAUAG